UACCCGCAUUGGUCAUGUCAGCUGAUCCUCCUCCAGCGCUGGGGACCGAGGAAGGAAGGGAAAACCAAAGGAAAAUAUUGGUGCUCGCUUUGAACCAUGGCUGCGGAGAUCCAUUCAAGGCCCCAGACCGCCAGACCCGUGCUGCUGAACAAGAUCGAGGGCCACACAGACGCGGUCAACGCUGCGGUCCUCAUACCGAAAGAAGACGGUGUUAUUACGGUCAGCGAAGACAGAACAAUCCGAGUGUGGCUGAAGCGAGACAGUGGACAAUACUGGCCCAGCAUUUAUCACACAGUCUCAUCUCCCUGCUCGUGUAUGUCGUAUCACCAUGACAGCAGACGCAUCUUCAUCGGCCAAGACAACGGAGCUGUUGUGGAGUUUCUCAUAUCUGAAGAUUUUAACAAGAUGAACCAUGUCAAGACUUACCCAGCGCACCAGAGCCGGGUCUCAGACAUGGUGUUUUCUCUGGAGAGUGAGUGGGUGGUUAGCACUGGGCACGACAAGAGUGUGAGCUGGAUGUGCACCCAGAGCGGCAGCAUGCUGGGCAGACACUACUUCACCGCAUGGGCCUCCUGUCUACAAUAUGAUCAUGACACACAGCAUGCUUUUGUGGGAGAUUGCUCUGGACAGAUCACUCUGCUCAAACUGGAGAAGCAGACCUACUCCACUGUCACCACGCUAAAGGGACAUGAAGGCAGUAUAGCAGCUCUGUGGUGGGACCCUGUUCAGAGGCUGUUGUUUUCGGGAGCGUCAGAUCACAGUGUCAUCAUGUGGGACAUCGGGGGACGGAAAGGACGAACACUACUGUUGCAAGGACACCAUGAGAAGGUCCAGGCCCUGAGGUACCUACAGCUCACGAGACAGCUGGUGUCCUGCUCAGCGGAUGGAGGCAUUGCAGUGUGGAACAUGGAUGUGCAGAGACAAGAGGCUCCUCAGUGGUUGGAGAGCGACUCAUGUCAGAAAUGUGAGCAGCCGUUUUUCUGGAACAUUAAACAGAUGUGGGACACCAAGACACUGGGGCUCAGACAGCACCAUUGCAGGAAGUGUGGUAAAGCGGUUUGUGGGAAAUGUAGUUCCAAGCGGUCGACAUUUCCGAUCAUGGGCUUUGAGUUUCCUGUGAGAGUCUGCGAUGCCUGCUUCGACUCCAUUAAAGAAGAAGAUCGUUCUCCUCUGGCUACGUUUCACGAGGGCAAACACAACAUCGCUCACAUGGACCUGGACCCCACCCGAGGGCUCAUGGUCACCUGUGGGAGUGACCGCAUCGUCAAGAUCUGGGACAUGACGCAGGUCGUUGGCUGCAGCUUAGCAACUGGCUUUUCUCCACGUUGAUUGGUCAAGCCUUGACACAGGUCCUGCCCUCUCUCUCCAAUCUCAUGGACACCCCCCCCCAACCCCCUUCCCUUUGUACAGCCCCCCUCCCCAUCACACGCCUGGUCUCAAUCUGACCAAUAGGCAGCAAGCAUUCACGUUCCAGUGUCAAAACAUCACAGAGGGCAGAGGCUAGUAUUACUCUACGGGUGACACAUAUUUAAAAAAAAAAAAAAAAAAAAUCUCCAAAUAGAAAAUUCAGAAAUGCUAAAAGUUUCUAAAAAUAUUGUGUACUUAAGAUAAUAUUAAAGGUGCAUUAUGUAGUAGGGGGAUUCUCCGUAAAUUUACAAAACCAUGAUACAGUACUGUAUACAGCAACUUGACAAACCUGAUGCAACGUGCAGUAGUUUCAUUAGUAGGAUGGACGCUGAUUGUGUUGUGAUAGUGCUCUAAAGGGGGAGUGACUUAACAUGGGGAGCAAAGAGAGGGGAGACUCAGUGAAAUACAAAAGUCAACCUUAUUAAACAUGUUAAUAUGUUGUUUGGGGGAAAUAUAGCAUAAGGUAACAAAAAGGUGUCAUGGUGAUGAAGUAUGUUAUGUGUUAGCAGUUUCUUUAAGAAAAAUGCAGUCUCAAAAAUGUAAUGAAAAAUUGUCCAAUAUAAUAUUAAUGCAUUUUCACUUUGGAUACUCCUUCAAAAAUGGUGUCUAACCAGCCGUCGUGAACUAGCUCCUGCCCUCCACCUGAUUCUUUGACAUUUCAGAUUGUAAUACGUGAACACAACCUUUGCCUCUGUAUUCAGUCUUAUACAAUGACUUUGGCUCUGAACUGACUCUAAGCACAAUGAUGCGUGUGUGUGCAUGUAUGUAUCAUGUAUGUACUCGUCUCUCCUAUUUGGGAGCGACACUGUUGAUAUUAGUGUUUACAUAAUGUCUAUAUUUCUUAUUAAGCUUCUUUUGGACUGUUUUAAAUAUCCUUGCACUGUAAUCUCAAUUGUUACCUGAACGCUUCCCUAAUACAGGCACAUUUCAAUACAUUUACACUACCAUCAAAGGUUUGGACACACCAUCUCAUUCAGUGAUUUUUACUUUUUUUUUUUACUACUUUCUACAAUGUAGAUAGAUACUUUGCAAUGAUAAUAUGCUGGGGGGUUCUACAUGUAUCUCUGUAGAUGGAAUGUUUAGGAGUUACGCUUUCAAAGAGUUUAAGACUGUCUGAAAACUCAAGAAAAACAAAAUUAAACAACACAUUUUCAGGAACAUUCAUGCUCCUGUUUAGUAGAACAAAAAUGAUGAGUGUGAUUAACGGAAAAGCUGUUGACUAAAAUUAGCUAAACUUGUGACUGUGAUGUUAUAUGAGGGGAGCCUAUCUUUCUUCAACCCUAUGUUCUCUCAGGCUUAUGUUCCCUCAUUUCUAUUUUUUAUUUCCAUCCAUCCAUUUUCGUCCACUUAUCCGGGGCCAGGUCGCGGGGGCAGCAGCCUAAGCAGGGACUCCCAGACUUCCUUCACCCCAGACACGUCCUCCAGCUUCUCCGGGGGAACCCUGAGGCUUUCCCAGGCUAACUGAGAGACAUAGUCCCUCCAGCGUGUCCUGGGUCUUCCCCGGGGCCUCCUCCCGGUGGGACAUGCCCGGAACACCUUUUUUUUUCUUUCCAAAAGUAGGCCCUAUGUUCCCACAUUUCCUUUAUCAUCAAUUUGCAUCAGAAUUUAUCCCCAUUUCUCCGAAUUUGGUCGUCAAUUACACCGGAUCCAUUCUCCAGCAGCAGUUGACUACAGAUGUAAUGUAGAGGUCAUGGUGCAAAGGAUCCUAGGUUGAAAUGACUCUGAAUCAUCCCUUUAAAUGCAGUAUAAAAUGACUUGAUUUAGUGUUUAAUUUGAGAAAAAACCUUAGAAAUAAUGGAACACUGGGCUGAGGGAACAUAAGGCUGACCCCUAUUUGGGAGGGUUUUGCUUAAAAGUACAAAUCAGCUCACCUGCUGUAGUUUCAACCAAGUCAGUUCUUUCUGGACAGUUUGUGUUAAAUUAAAGAUCAGAUUAAAGUCUGAUAAAGGCUCAGACACAGCAGAGCCUACAGUUAGCGUCACAACCCCAGGGAAUGUUGAUGAUAUCAGCUGCAAAGUAUCAAUACAUACAGAAGACGAGCAUGGUAUAUACAAGUAAGUUAUAUGGAAGUGUGUAAUAAAAACAAAACAUGAAAUAACUUUUACAGAAUUCCAUAUAUCGCGCUUCAUAUAUUUAAGUAGUAAAAAUCAAGAAAAACACAUUGAAUGAGGGUGAGUCCAAACUUUUGACUGGUAGUAUGAUUUUUUUGUUGUAUUUUGGUUGUUCAACUUUAAAGGUACACUAUGUAACUUUUCUGGUAGGGAUUCCGCCACAAGCUUGUCUUCUUAAAGAUGUUAUUGCAAUGUUCCACGGUAUGGCAUCAAACUUACAGCUGCAACUUAAAGUAUCUUUUACCUUCAGUAACUUUGGUAACGUUCAGUAAUGAUUGGCAACUUCAGAUCUGAAAUCAUCAUCCAAACGAUUUUAGUGGAGGUGUAUGGAAACACAGUGGAGCACUUCGUUAUUACCCAUGACAUCACAAGUUGGAAUAGAGUCUUUUCUGUUUGAGAGAGAGACUCCAGGUGUGAUUUUGGUGAGGAAACAACAUCACACAGAUCUGAAAAUAGUGUAAUAUGGGCCCUUUAAAUUGAACAACUGACAAAAAUGCUUGAAUACUUUGAUGUGUGCUUGUAUGUAAAACACUAUAGCAUUACUAAAGCCCAGUCAAUUCAUUUUUACUACCCUUAUAUCAUUGUUAGCAGUAGUUAUCUUAAAUACCCUUCACUAUUUUAAAUAUAUUUUUCACUAGUAGGCCUUAAACCACUCAGGAGUUUUGCAUUCAACUCUGCUUUAAAAUAUUAACCCCUUGUUUGCUAAAUAAGGAUCAUAGUAGUAGUUGUAGUAAUAGUAAAGUAAUAGAAGGUUCAGUACAAAUGCUAGACAAUCAGAUUGAGAAGAAUACAUUUAAGUCUAUAUAUGUUAUAAAAUGGAGACUAACUUGGUCUAACCCAGGACUACUAUAGCACUAACCAAGGACUAAUCCAGAACUAAACCAGGUCCAAUGUCGGACUAAACAACUAAUGAUGCCUUAAAGAAGACAUAUUAUGCUUUUCUCUGCUAUAUAGUUAUAAUCUAUGGCACCCAUGAAUCAUUAUGUUAUAUUUUAGAUCAAAAUUCUGAUUUAAAUGACUUAAUAAAAGAAAUAAGUCCAAUGACAUCUUGAGUACAUGAGAUAAAUAUUACUCAAACAUUCAUGAAUCACUUAAAAAUCGAAUCAAAUCAAAUAUAACUUUGAGGGUCAAUGAAAAGGGGAACAACUUUAACAUGGUUAAAAGUUGAUUUUGCACAAUAUGUCUCCUUUAAAUGUAAUAACAACUAAGUAUGUUUUUUUCUCUUUUCCAUAAUUUACCCAGUUUUCCUCAUUUUGUCUAGAUUUGGCGACGUUUUGUGAUUAUUUUAGUUGUUAUGAAGUGAGUUAUGUCCUUCUGAUACGGUACUUGUUUUGUCUGGUAAAAUUGGCUUGUAAAAUGUUUUCAGAUUUUUGACUGUUGAAAUGUUCAGAAGGCCUUGGCAUUUGAUAACUUGUUAAAUUAUUUUUAUUUAUGUACAGUACUGUGCAAAAAUCAUAUCUUUCUUUCUGUCUUCCCAGUUCUUUCUCUUCCAUACAAUUCUAAAUGUAUCCAUGGCUUUGUGAACGAUAAAAAAAAAAAAUAUAUAUAUGAACAGUAGCCAUAGCGAUUAACAAUUUAAAACAAAAAAAAAAUCUCAAAAUGUCACCCGGGUCAUGCCAUCCACUAAUAGUAUAGCUGCUCAAUAUUUGAAUGCUGGUUUUAAGAUAUGCUAAAUUACACAAUGAAAAGUACUGUGUAAGAAAAGACUGCAAACAUAAAGAAACAAUGGUAUAUGUGUAUACUUUACAAGACUAUUUCUACAUUCUCCUUUGUAAUUUUACAGUCCAUUGGUGCAGUAGCCUACUUUAAAAUGGAACGAAACACUAAAUACACUUUUUUUUUUUCAAUUUCAAGUACUAUGUGACAUCAUGCAGAACUGCCCUGAUUAUAGUUAGCUGUUUCUGAUUACAAACGCCUACCUGUUUGACCAGUCACACUGUUUUUAUAACCUCAGACCCAACCCCUUCUCUUUUAGCCCCCCAGAUACUGCCCAGUUUAGCAGCUCUAUUUGAAAUGGACUUGUAGUUGGAGUUUAGGUGUCCCACUUAAACUUUACUUUACAAUUAAAUCUUAAAGGGACAGUCAUUCACAUCAACAGUCUGGCGUAAUAACAGAUUUGCUUCGGGUGCUUUGUGGAGUCGGUAAGUGGCAUCUAACUAUAGCUACUGACAUGCACUAGCCUAGCACCAGUCAUCUCUGCAAACACAAGGACUGGAUGGAAUAUUUUUAAAAAGUGUCUCACCAUAUCUCCAACACUCUGGCUAACUAGGAAAUGAGGCCCAAUAUCCAAAAUACCAAACUGUCCCUUUAAAUCUAGUUUAGAAAUUGUUCUUUUUUGCACAGUACUGCAUAUUUGCUACUAUAUUUUCAUCCACUGCAUAUUGAAGUUUGAAAUCUGUACCAUUGCACUGACUUGCACAUGUAUGUUCAGUCUUUUUUGCUUUGGCUUAAGUAAUGUGUCUAAGUUCCUUUGCUCAAACUUGAAUUAAUGGUCAUAUUCAAUGUAGCUUCUUUGUAAUGAUCAUUAACUAAUGCUCUGCCUUUUUUGCAGUUUAAUUCCAGUUUGUGACCAUGUAGUGUAAAUUUAUAUGUAGUAAAUGCUUUUUGUUGUAAUUAAGGCUCCAAAAAUGAAAUCUUAAUCUCACUACAUUUGAAUAAAGCUGUUUUUGUUAAGGAAAUUCUGUUUUUCACAUGGCCAUAAUGCUGCUUACUGUUUGAGAAUUUAUUUAGCUUUAAAUCUAUUCUCAAUUCUAAUCGCAGUAUUUGUCAGAAAAAUUGCAGUUACAUAUUUUUCCCAAAUUGUUCAGCCUAACUGUGAAGUUUUGCAGUAGCACCCCCAAAAGUUGAAAUAACAAUAAUACAUUUAUUUGCCUGGCAAAUCCAGAAUAAUUAUCGCACAUAUGUAUUUUUUUUUAUACAGAUGCAUAUCAGUGUGGUCACUACUCCCUUUGUUGUGUCUCAAGCCAGAACCAAACAUGAUCGUCUAAUCAGAUUUGUUUGUCAGAUUUUAGUGACGCAUGUGAAACAACGGAGCUCUUUUUGGACAAAAUCAAGUUUAGUGCUUCUCUCAUUCAUUCUGCAUUCUGUGUUUUUCAGUUCCCUGUGCUCUUUUUUUCAACCUAAGCAGCCAUAUUUGUUUUGAUACAGACAGACCAUGCGUGUGCCUGACUAAUUCACCUGUCAGUCACGCCCGUCAGAACUCUGGGAGAAUCAGCAGUGACCAGACUCGGUAUUGGAGAAGUGUGUGUUCUAGAUCCCAGGCAAACAGUUUAGUUCAUGUCUAUGGCCUAAUUGGGUUACAGGGUUAUUGUCUCCUCUGUCUACAGAACAUUACAUCUCACUAAGCUACUGUGACAGAUGUACAAAGUGAUAAAGACUAAAGAUGGCCCCAAAGAGAUACAGGACACUGCAGAUGUUAUUUUACAUCAUUAUUCAUUUACUGAUCAUUUUGGAAACAAUUUAUAUUAACAGCACUAUUUACACCAUGCAAAGACUUAAAGAUGCACUAUGUAACUUUUCUGGAGGAGGGUCUUACUCCAGCUUGUCUCCAUAGAGAUGCAUUGCUUUGUCUGAAAUGUUAGUAGUAUGACAUUAAACCUACUUAUCUCCAUAGAAGCAAGGAGGUGACACCAUUCAGGCAAAAUUACAGGUCAGAUCUGUGGAGAGAGGAGGUCACUUAUUGCAAGAAUGUGUAUUUUUCGAAGUGUAACUAGGUAUUGAUGUUUAAUGCCAAAAAAUGUUUAAUCAUCAUGGAGACAAACAUGUGACACCACUGCGCUAAAUUACAGGUCAGAGCUGUGGAGAGACGUCACUGCUCUCAGUGAGAACGUAUGUUUUUCAUGGUAUUCUGGAAGUGUAAAACACAAGAAAAAUGUUUAAUACAUGUAAGAUCAAGUUUAGUGCCGUGCUGUGGAACUUUCCAGCCAAAGCAAGAGCAUUUUCAUGGAGACAAGGAGGUGACAAACUCCCACCAGAAAAGGUAUAUAGUGCCUUUAAGAAUGAUCACAGAUCCUGAUACUAUCAUACUAUAUUUAACUUGGAAAACAAAACAAUGUGGAAAACGUUUUAUAUAACUCUCAAAAACAGGUCUAAUGGAUCAUAUUUUGGUGCAUAAAAUUACCAAAUGUUUUAUUUCUUCUUUAUUUCUUAAUGUAAGUUUUCCCAUUAUAAAUAUUUGUAUCUUUCUUUCUUCUACUUUGUGUAAACCAUUAAACAACAAAACAGUGUAUGUUUUGGCCUAAGUUUUUCAUGAAUGUAAGCUAAAUAUGUGCCCAACUUUCACACUUCCUAUUGUACAAAAAUAAAUGAUUUUAAACUA